AUGCCGGCGUGGGCGCGCCGCGGCGGCCGGCUGCCGCUGCUCGUUGUUUUUUCAGCAAUGAUAUUUGAGGCUAUUACAAAUCAAGAUCUGCCUGUGAUCAAGUGUGUUUUAAUCAAUCAUAAGAACAAUGAUUCAUCACUGGGAUUAUCAUCAUCUUAUCCCACGGCAUCAGAACCCCCAGAAGACCUCGGGUGUGCCCUGAAGCCUGAGAGCACAGAGGCAGUGUAUGGAGCAGCCACUGUGGAAGUGGACAUGUCUGCAUCCAUCACACUGCAAGUACUGGUCAACACCCCGGGGAACAUUUCCUGUCUCUGGGUCUUUAAACACAGUUCCCUGAAUUGCCAGCCCCACUUUGAUUUACAAAACAGAGGAGUUGUUUCCAUGGUCAUUUUGAAAAUGACAGAAACCCAAGCUGGAGAAUAUCUACUCUUCAUUCAGAGUGGAGCUACCAAUUACACAAUAUUGUUUACAGUGAGUAUAAGAAAUACACUGCUUUACACAUUAAGGAGACCUUACUUUAGAAAAAUGGAAAAUCAGGAUGCCCUAGUCUGCAUAUCCGAGAGCAUUCCAGAACCGACUGUGGAAUGGGUGUUCUGCGAUUCACAGAGUGAAAGCUGUAAAGGGGAAAGUCCAGCUGUUGUUACAAAGGAGGAAAGCGUACUUCAUGAACUGUUUGGAACAGACAUAAGGUGCUGUGCAAGAAAUGAGCUGGGCAGGGAGUGUACCAAGCUGUUCACAAUAGAUCUAAAUCAAACUCCUCAGACCACCCCGCCACAAUUAUUUCUUAAGGUAGGGGAGCCCUUAUGGAUAAGGUGCAAAGCUGUUCACAUAAACCACGGAUUCGGACUCACAUGGGAGCUAGAAAAUAAAGCCCUGGAGGAGGGCAGCUACUUUGAGAUGAGUACCUAUUCCACAAACAGAACUAUGAUACGGAUUCUGUUUGCUUUUGUAUCAUCAGUGGGAAGAAACGACACUGGCUAUUACACUUGUUCCUCUUCAGAACAUCCCAGUAAAUCAGCUUUGGUUACCAUCCUAGAAAAGGGAUUUAUAAAUGCUUCCAAAUCAAGUGAGGAUUAUGAGAUUGACCAGUAUGAAGAGUUUUGUUUUUCUGUCAGGUUUAAAGCAUACCCACAGAUCAGAUGUACAUGGACCUUCUCUCGAAAAUCGUUUCCUUGUGAACAAAGUGGCCUCGAUGAUGGGUACAGCAUAUCUAAGUUUUGCAACCAUAAACACCAGCCAGGAGAAUAUAUAUUCCAUGCAGAAAAUGAUGAUGCCGAAUUCACAAAAAUGUUCACACUGAACAUAAGAAGGAAACCUCAGGUGCAAGCCAACACAUCAGCAAGUCAGGCUUCUUGCUCCUCUGAUGGAUACCCAUUACCAUCUUGGACCUGGAAGAAAUGUUCAGACAAGUCUCCCAACUGCACGGAGGAAAUCACAGAAGGAAUUUGGAAUAAAAAGGCUAACAGAAAAGUAUUUGGACAGUGGACAUCGAGCAGUACUCUUAACAUGAGUGAAGCUGUAAAAGGAUUCCUGGUGAAGUGCUGUGCAUACAAUUCCCUUGGCACAUCUUGUGAAACAAUCCUUUUAAACUCACCAGGGCCCUUCCCUUUCAUCCAAGACAACGUCUCGUUCUAUGCAACAGUUGGGCUCUGUCUUCCCUUCAUUGCAAUUCUAACCAUGCUUAUUUGUCACAAGUACAAAAAGCAAUUUAGGUAUGAAAGCCAGCUGCAGAUGGUACAGGUGACGGGCUCUUUGGAUAAUGAGUACUUCUACAUUGAUUUCAGAGAAUAUGAAUAUGAUCUCAAAUGGGAGUUUCCCAGAGAAAAUUUAGAAUUUGGGAAGGUACUAGGAUCAGGUGCUUUUGGAAAAGUGAUGAAUGCAACAGCUUAUGGAAUUAGUAAAACAGGAGUCUCCAUCCAGGUGGCAGUCAAAAUGCUGAAAGAAAAGGCAGACAGUUCUGAAAGAGAGGCUCUCAUGUCUGAACUCAAAAUGAUGACUCACCUGGGAAACCACGAGAAUAUCGUGAAUCUACUGGGGGCAUGCACGCUGUCAGGACCAAUUUACUUGAUUUUUGAAUAUUGUUGCUAUGGUGAUCUUCUCAACUAUUUAAGAAAUAAAAGAGAAAAGUUUCACAGGACAUGGACGGAAAUUUUCAAGGAACACAAUUUCAGUUUUUACCCCACUUUCCAAUCACAUCCAAAUUCCAGUAUGCCUGGUUCAAGAGAAGUUCAGAUACAACAGGACUUGGAUCACAUCUCAGGGCUCAAUGGGAAUUCAUUUCAAUCUGAAGAUGAAAUAGAAUAUGAAAACCAAAAAAGGCUGGAGGAAGAGGAGGACCUAAAUGUGCUGACAUUUGAAGACCUUCUUUGCUUCGCAUAUCAAGUUGCCAAAGGAAUGGAAUUUCUGGAAUUUAAGUCGUGUGUUCACAGAGACCUGGCAGCCAGGAAUGUGCUCGUGACCCAUGGGAAAGUGGUGAAGAUCUGUGAUUUUGGAUUGGCUCGAGAUAUUAUGAGCGACUCCAACUAUGUUAUCAGGGGCAAUGCCCGUCUGCCUGUAAAGUGGAUGGCCCCUGAAAGCUUAUUUGAAGGGAUCUACACCAUAAAGAGUGACGUCUGGUCAUAUGGAAUAUUACUCUGGGAAAUAUUCUCUCUUGGUGUCAAUCCUUACCCUGGUAUUCCAGUUGAUGCUAACUUCUAUAAACUCAUUCAAAGUGGAUUUAAGAUGGAUCAGCCAUUUUAUGCUACAGAAGAAAUAUACUUUAUAAUGCAAUCCUGCUGGGCUUUUGACUCAAGGAAACGGCCGUCCUUCCCCAACUUAACUUCCUUUUUAGGAUGUCAGCUGGCGGAUGCAGAAGAAGCGAUGUAUCAGAACAUGGAUGGCCAUGUUUCAGACCGUCCUUCCGUCUACCAAAACAGGCGACCUUACAGCAGAGAGGUGGAUUCAGGGCUACUUGCUCCACAGGCUCAUGUUGAAGAGUCCUAG